AUGUCUCCCUCCAGCACCUCCCCUCCCCCACGGCAGAUCGCCAUCAUCGGCGCGGGUAUCAUGGGUUCCUCCACUCUCUCCUACCUCGCCUCUCACCCUUCCCUACCCCCUCACUCCACCCUCCAUCUAAUAGAAAGUGCCUCUCGCCUAGCUCCCGCUGCUUCAGGGAAAGCAGGUGGGUUUCUCGCUGAAGAUUGGCAUGGGGCAGCUACUGCCUCGCUUGCUUCUUUGAGCUUUAGACUUCAUAGGGAAUUGGCAGAGAGGGCUGGAGGCAAGGAGAAGUGGGGGUAUAGGGAUGUGGAGACGUUGAGUGUUGAGUAUGAUGCGACUGGAUCUGAUAAAAAGGGAAAGGGGAGGAAGAAUAAUGGCGGUGGAGCUAAAGUGGGAAAGGAGGUUGACUGGAUCGAUGCAGAGCACAUUGCUGGUUCUUCUAGACUUGGAGGAGGAGGCACAACAGCACAGGUCACGCCGGGCAAGCUGGUCGAGUAUCUCGUGCAAGAAGCAGAGCAGCUUGGCAGCCAAAAGGACAUCAAGGUGGACGUUCGACUAGGGACAACUGCCAAGAGUCUCGAGCUCAACGAGGACGGGUCUGGCAAAGUGUCCGGUCUAGUCGUUUCUAGUGGUGAAGGAGAGGAGAAGCUCCCAAUCACCGACGUGGUGAUAGCCGCAGGACCCUGGACGGGCACUCUAGUCAAGCAGCUCUUCCCUUCGGCCCGCACCUCCUCCCGUCUCCUCUCCUCUGCCGCAAGAGUCACAGGUUCUCGCGCCCACUCCAUCAUCAUCAAAGGCUCCCGACCCACUAGUAACCACUGCCUAUUCACCGAUAUGCGCUUCUCCCGCGGACCUGGCAAGGGGACUAGUGCGGCUGCGCCAGAGGUGUACGCUAGAGCAGACGGAACAGUCUAUGUCUGUGGUGGCGGGGACGAUGAGCCUCUACCUGCAACGGCGGAAGAAGUUGUGUAUGAUGGCAAGAAGACGAGGGAUUUGAUUGAGCAGUCCGCCGUCCUCUCUCCGGAUGUACUGUCCAUUGAAGAUGGCAAAAAGAGCGGAAGUGCAACACUAGUGGCCGAGCAAGCCUGCUAUCUUCCCAUGGCAGCGGGUAAUAUGCUAUUGGGAGGAGACGCAAAGACGGGAGUUUGGCUCACGGCGGGUGCGAGUUGUUGGGGAAUCACAUUGGGACUUGGUACGGGAGCGGUCAUGGCUGAUUUGAUCUUGACGGGCAAGACGGAGCAGGCUGAUAUCAGAAUGUUGCAAGGCUGA